AUGGAAAAUAAUUACAAAUUAACAAUUAACACAACAACAAAUGCCGAACAGCAUCGUGGUUCGGUGUCAUCGACAAAUUCAUUAGAGGUGCCAGCAACGCCAACGCGUUCACCGAAAAAAGUGUCAUUUUCCGAUGAUUUGCCCUAUGACAACAACAAUGGGGCAACAAUGGAACAGCAUCAUAAGGUGGAGUUGAAGUUGGAGGGGGAGAAGGAGAAGGAUUCCCCACAAAAUCCCGUGGAGUUCAUGUUAGUUCAGGCUGCACAGUAUUUAGAAAAAAUGCAUGCUCCCGCCGCUGCUAGCCUACACGAAUCUCAGAGUAAUAAAAAUCAGGCCAACGAUAGCCAUAAGUUUAAAAGUAGUUUAAAUAUAGAUUUAGUUGAUGGUGGUAAUCACGAAAACUCAGGAAAUAAAUCCACCGUAGCUCCAACAACCCAACCUACACCAACAACAACAUUGUCGUAUACACCUCCCUCUCCGAUACCGGCUGUAUUAUCUUUGACUUCACGUUCUGGCUCCGUAUCACCCUCUGGCCUUUCCACACCCUCUACCGUGGCUGCUCGUUCCACAAAAUCCACCUCGUCAUCAUCGGAAUCCACAACCUCCCUAGAGCCACCCUAUAAACCACCCAGAUCUUCGAUGAUGAUUCAAAAUGGCAACAAUUCAAAUUCGAACAAUCACCACCAACAAACCCCUACCCAAGCUAAUACCCCUGCUGCUGCGUCUCAAGACACCUCCUCAAAUAUGCAAGAAAUCAGUGAAGAACAAGCCGAACAUGCCAUCAAAUACAUGGAACGUUACAAUCUUAAUUUAGAUAAGAAUAACUGCAGUGCCAUGGAAUUGGAGGCGAAACGCGAUAAAAUCCGUUGGCUGUUAAUUUCCGAAUGUAGUGCCUUGCUGGGUGAGGGGAAACAUACCAGGGAGGGGUUUCGCAAGCUAUUUCUACAGGAGGAAUUUCAAAAGAAACUUUUCCAUCUCUUCGAUUUGGAUGGUAAUGGUUAUCUGGUGCAAGAUCGUUGGAUAGAACAUUUAAAAGGACGUUUGACCGAUGACAGACAAAUGGACUAUGCUGAACAGCUGGAAUCAGUGGCCUAUGUUAUUUGCGGGGAGAAUAGCAAAAUUACAUUUAAAAAUUUCACUGAAAUAUGGCAUGCCCGUGGUAUCUUAGAUAAAUUAUAUCGUCUCAUCGAUAGCGAUGGCACCAAUUCCAUAUCCACCAAUCAAAUAAUGGAGUUCAUAUCUCAUUUAACCAAUUCUAGGCCUCGCACUGGCUUCGAUAAAAGCUCUUUGGCCCGUUUGGAACAGCUCUUUCGCAAUACUGUGGGAAAUGAACGUGAAAUACGACGUGAAGAAUUCAAGAAAAUUGUUAUCUCCAAGAAUCCAUUCUUUACGGAACGUGUUUUCCAAAUCUUUGACAAGGAUAACUCAGGUUCAAUAUCAUUACAGGAAUUCAUUGAUGCCAUUCAACAAUUCUCAGGACAAUCGGCAGAUGAUAAAAUACGUUUUCUAUUUAAGGUUUACGAUAUCGAUGGUGAUGGUCUUAUACAGCACAAGGAAUUGCAUGAUGUCAUACGUGCCUGCAUGGAAGAGAAUGGCAUGGAAUUCUCUGAAGAUCAGAUUGAAGAUCUAACAACGGCCAUGUUUGAAGAUGCCGAUCCAUACAAUCGUGGCGAGAUUACUUAUGAGGCUUUGAAAAAUCAAUUACACAAACAUGGUGGCCUGCUGGAGAAUCUAAGUAUAACAAUUGACCGUUGGCUUGUGCCAAUGGCCCAGGAUCCACAGGCUGGCAAGACGAAAUCGAAAUUAUGGAAUUCCAUACCAAUUCCACAUCAAUUGACACCGGCCUACAUGAAAAAUAAUCAUGUCUUUGUGACAUAUCUCUUCGUGUACAUAGCUAUAAAUGUGUGUUUGUUUGUAUCAAGGGCUAUACAGUAUAGGGCGAGUAAUGGAUUUGUUAUUGUGGCAAGGGCAUGUGGACAAUGUUUGAAUUUCAAUUGUGCCUGGAUAUUGGUACUGAUGUUACGCCACUCUCUAACAUAUUUACGUUCCCGAGGCCUAUCCACCUAUUUGCCAUUGGACAACCACAUUUAUCUACACAAACUCACGGGCAUAGUGAUAUCGGUAUUGAGUCUCCUGCACACCAUAAUGCAUCUCUUUAACUUUUCCAUAAUUGUGGUUAAUGAUCCACAAAUCAAUGCGGGACACUAUACCAUAGGAGAAUGGCUAUUGACCGAUCGUCCUGGAUUGUUUGGCCUAAUACCCGGCUGUGCUAAUCCUACUGGCAUGGCAUUAUUUAUUAUUCUCCUCAUAAUGUUCAUUUGUUCCCAACCGUUUGUGCGUCGCAAGGGUUCCUUUGAGGUUUUCUAUUGGACCCAUUUGCUGUAUAUACCCUUCUGGAUAUUGGUGCUGUUCCAUGGUCCGAAUUUUUGGAAAUGGUUUUUCAUCCCUGGCAUUAUUUACACGGUGGAGAGAAUUUUACGUUUUGUAUGGAUGCGUGGUGAUCAUGGCAAAACCUAUAUUAGCUCAGGGUUGCUACUGCCCUCCAAGGUCAUACAUUUGGUUAUAAAACGUCCGAAUAAUUUCCAUUUCCGUCCGGGGGAUUAUGUCUUCGUAAAUAUACCCGUAAUAGCAAACUACGAAUGGCAUCCAUUUACGAUUAGCUCCGCUCCGGAACAGGAAGAUUAUAUGUGGCUGCACAUACGCACAGUGGGUGAAUGGACCAAUCGUUUGUAUCGCUACUUCGAGAAAGAGCAACAACGUCUACACAAUGGUGAAAUUAUAGCCCAUAAGCAGGCCAUACCCACCUCAAGUCUACUACAGAUUAGUGAAGAAAACUCCAAAACCACAUCUCCCACUCCACAGACAGAUUUUCUAGCUCAAAAUCUUGCCAAAAUUCAGCAUAGCUCCAGCUUCGAUUCUAAUAUGGUGGCGAAAACUUUACAAGAUGUCCCGACGAACCCGAUUAGACCACCACGCCAUAAUUAUACCCCAUCAAAAUUGGCCACAGAGAGUAUCACCGCAAGUCAUGUUGCCGAACAGGCCCGCAGCAGUAAUGGCAGUAGUGGUGAUCGUAUACGAAGCUUCAAAAAAACUCUACAGAGGACAUUUUCCCGCAAGGAUCAGGCGUCGAAGGAGAAACGUUUAUCUGGCCAUUCCAAUGAUGGUUUUGUAACGGAUGACAGUGAUAUGGCCGGAACUACGGAAUUAGGUAAACGCCGAAAAUUGGCGAAGUUAAUGGGAGAGAAGCCUCCGUUGGAGAAAAGUGUUUCGCUGCCGGAUAUUGGAGUCAAAACGAAGAGGAGAGAAAGGUUUAAGGCGUUACAUACAUUGGGCCGUUCUGAAUCGGAACGCUCAUUCGAUGAGACACGCAUACGUAGAGCAAGAUUACAAAGCCUCGGCUUAGCCUAUAUGAGUCCACAAAAUAAAUCUCUGGCCCAGAGUUUCCGUUAUAUGCGUAACAAACCCACCAUCAUUGCCUUCAAGACACCAAGUGUGGAGGAAAGUGAACCCGAAUUUACGGCCAAACAAAAUCACUCGGCACAGACAUAUAAUGCCAUACAGGCGGAGGAGGGCAGAGUGGCAACAACAGAUAGCAAUCAGGAAGAUGCCGAUUAUGUGGUAUCAAAACCGUUGGAGGUAAGAACAACAAAUAACCGAGUAGGACGUUUUCGGCGUCCUACAUUUUUGCGUUCAUUAUCAACCUCCAUUAAAAAUCGUGGCAGUAGUGGCAGUAUACCCGCCAAUGGUACAACUAACUCGGGUGGCAAGGUUACACUUGAUGCUGGCGUGUUAGAGAUAUUCAUUGAUGGUCCGUAUGGUGCCCCCUCAUCCCAUAUCUUUAUGGCCCAGCAUGCGGUGCUAAUUGGUACGGGUAUUGGUGUCACACCUUUUGCUUCGAUUCUGCAAUCAAUUAUGCAUCGUUAUUGGAAGGCCCGCCAUCAUUGUCCACGCUGCCUAUUCGAAUGGGCCAGUGAUAUACCGAAAUCGGUUAUGAAUCUACGUAAAGUAGAUUUCUUUUGGAUAAAUCGAGAUCAACGUUCGUUUGAAUGGUUUGUCAAUUUGUUAUCGCAAUUGGAAAUUGAACAGGCGGAAUUGGGUGGUGCCAUGGAAAGAUUCCUCGAUAUGCAUAUGUAUAUAACUAGUGCCCUGCAACGUACCGACAUGAAGGCUGUGGGUCUGCAAUUAGCCUUGGAUUUGUUGCAUGAAAAGGGUAAACGAGAUCUAAUUACCGGCCUGAAGACCCGUACCAAUGCAGGUCGACCAAAUUGGGAUAAGGUAUUUAAGCAGCUGCAGGCCCAAAAGAAGGGCAAAGUAACAGUAUUCUAUUGUGGACCGCCACAAUUGGCCAAAACAUUGCGUAUCAAAUGCGAUCAAUACGGUUUUGCAUUCCGAAAAGAGUGUUUUUAA